GCCGAUGCGCUUCAGUCUGCUGGCCUCUGGAAUGGGCAGAUAUCAUCAUCAGCCCUCAUUUUACCGUCGAUUAAUCGCACGAACUCCACCAAGAGUCUGUAUUUUUGUACGUCCUCUACACCAUGAUAUGCGGAGGUAAGGUGAUGGAAGAGGCCAGCAGGAGGUUCUCAGAACUCAUUCCAGUGGUGCUAUUUCUGCGGCUGUCUGGCUUUGUCCCUUUCUCUGUUAAGUAACAACGCCCAUUCCGCGAUCGCCAUGAAGCCUGUCCACGAGCGCAACCAGGAGUGCCUCCCUCCCAAGAAACGGGACCUCCCAGUCAACAACAAUUCCACCACAACCACCAACAACAGCAGUAGCAUCAACAGUGGGGCGGGAGGAAGUGGCAUGGGGGGCGGUGGAGGAGAAGAGGCCCCAUCUUCACAAAGUUCUGGAGCAAGCGGAGAAGCUCAGAGCGGGGGUGGCGAGUGGAUGCGUGGUCAGCCCAGCAUGCAUUACGGAGUGGAGGGUUCUGAGGGUCUCGUGGGACUUUCCGUAGACCAGUACAAUAUGCUUUAUAAAGUAGCCCUACCCACCGGGACCUAUGCCCCCACCAGCCUGCACCCCGUUCUCAGCCACAUUUCUCCCGCUUACACCGUUCCCUCUCCAGUGUUACAGCACACGAGCGUUCCUUACCCUCCGCUUGGCUACACCCCGAUCCCUCAUUCAUCUUUGCAGUUUGUCAGUUCUCCAUACGCGGCGGCGGUCCCCUACGGAUUUGUUCACAGCCCUUUGAUACCGCCUCAGUCUGCCAUUCCACAGCCCCACUCCGUUUCCCACCUGGUUCCGUACCAGUCGGUUAUUCAGGAAGGAGUGGUCUCACCGCAGCAGCAGGUACCGGCUCACACGUACACCAAACUGGCUGUAUCCGCCGGAGUUCCUCUGGUGCUCCCUUCUGAACAGGCGGUUGCGCAAACGCAGCUUGGGACUAUAGGGAUGCUGGCCGCUGCCGAGCUCAGCCCGAGAGGAGUGAACGUAUUGUACCACCCUGGCGUCAGGGGCGUUCAGCCUCAAAGAGAUAUGCACAGCAGCCCACUGGAGCAGGACCGGGAGGUGAACGGAGCAGACCGGGAACAUAGAGAGACCCAUCAAGAUGCAGUUUAUUUUGCCAGAAAUGCGCGACUGCUCCACGUAGCUCCUGCGCUGGAGUCGCAGGACAAGACCUUGAAAAGCCGCAGACAGGAGGGGAGGAUCUCACCAGGCCAGCGCAGCACACCGGACAUAGAUCUUGAGGUCCAGCAGGUGGUCGGACGACUGUCCUCUCCAUGUCAUGGAACGAGUCGGAAGGAGUCAUCGCAUGUCCCCCUGAACCUGUCCCAGAGGGGUAGAGAGACUCAAAGUGAAGCAAGAACAGCAUAUGCAUCAAAUCCUGCUGAAUCCAGAGCUCAUCAGCCGCAGAUUGUUCAACAAGGCCACGCUGUGAUUUUGGCCAACGGGCAGCCUGUUUUGGUGCCCCUGGACUACCAUCACUACCAACAGCAGCAUUACCCGAGUCAAGCGAAUGACGUGGCGGCCCCGGCUGUUGUCGCUUCUCCAGCGACGUAUGCGACGUAUGCGAAAGGCGCGGAGGAAACAGCAGCGGUGAUGGAGCCUUCACAGCAGCUUCCCGCCCCACCUGCCGGAACUCAUCCUCAAGCACCCGUGCUCGCGCCCACCGGGCCUUCGCACUUCAUGAAGGGCGCCAUCAUCCAGCUGGCUACGGGGGAGUUGAAACGUGUGGAAGAUCUGCAGACUCAGGACUUCGUGCGGAGUGCGGAAAUGAGCGGCGGGCUGAAGAUCGACUCGAGCAUGGUGGUGGACAUCCGCUCCAGUCAGCAGAGGCCCGGUUUAGUGGCCCUGCAAUUUAAUGUAGGGGAACAACAGAGCAAAGUGACUAUAGAUGUACCCCCCGAACAUCCUUUUUUCGUUUUCGGACAGGGAUGGUCGUCGUGUUGCCCCGAGCGGACUGCACAGCUGUACGGUCUCACCUGCCACCAUCUGCAAGUGGGCGACGUUUGCGUGUCCGUCACGCUGCAGCAGCAAACGGCGUCGCAGCAGAAACCGCAGCUGCAAGCGCAGGCCAGGACUCCCACCAAAGCCAACUCCACGUCAGGGGUCCCACCUCAGCCCAUGGGUCCCCCUGCCCCCCAACACACACGGCCACAAAGCCAACUGAAGAUGGAACGCAUCCACAGGGAGAGAGACAAGGAGGAGCCCGCGCACGUCGGCGCUUCGAGACACGGCGACAUGCCGCCCAGACCAAACAGGACUUCGGCCGAGCACACUCGAAGCCAGAGCAAUUAUUAUUUGCACACCGAGGGUGGGGCCUCUUCCUUAGGGGCGUCCCAGAGGCGCUGGUCUGCCCCUGGCAUCCAAAGAUACAACAUGAAGAACGAGGAGGGGAAUCUAGCCUCAGCCGCCACCUCUGGCUCCUCCCGCCCAUCCUUUAUCUCUCAGGAGGUCAAACUGUCCAUCGAGGGGCGCUCCAACGCCGGGAAGUAGCAACAGCCAUAGCAGCAAACACGAAAGCGUGAGAUUGUGUAUGGGAGCGACGUGUCGGAGACGGGUCUAAGGAUGCAAAAUAGGCAGCGUGGAGGAGAGAAUGUAGCCUCAGAAUGUUUGAGAUUUUGCACAUAUUGGAAUAUAUUCCCUUUGCCGCCCCCUUUUCUGUGUUUCUUUGCUUCUGGUCUUAAGCAGAGAACGGUUGUGUGCCAUGUCAUAGUCACAGCAUCUGCAAUGAUCUGCAUGGGCAGCUUUAUCCAGUAAAUCACGUACCAAAGCCUACGUCGUCUGCGUGUUCCUGUGGGUGAAAUAUCACGUUUGGCAGCGGUCACUAACGCCAAGCAGUUCUUCUGAAUUUUUUUUAAGAAAGGCCAGGGGAUACAGCCAUAGAGUCUUGACAAGGCUUUGCUCAGUAAUAAAUAGAUAUUUAAAACAAACAGGAAAAAAUCCCAAAGGAUCUUUGUUUGGUUAAAAAUGGCAGGCUUCUUUUAACAUCGACUAUUUCCAUAGACGCUCUGCCAGACUUUUAUUCGCUAAGACCUUAAAACGUGAACAGUUUUAUCGCGUUUUUAACACGUCUCUCUCUUUCUAGAGGCGUGUUUGUCGUCACCUUCCUACACUCUCCCCCUGUCCCUGCCUUUACUCAGGGUGCUUCUGUGGAGAACUCCUUUCUAGAGUAUGAGAACAGUUAACCACCGCCGUCACAUCAAUCAAUCGAUCCAACAAUGUUAUUUUUACAAUCGGUAUCCAGAAUAUUUCAUUUUCAGAUGAAAUCUAGCGCCCGUGUCGCACGCUGCACGGCAUCACGCUUUUGUAUUCGUCUUUAAGGAUUUCUUUUUGCGUUCCAGUUUUAACCCGUUGGAUUGAUCAUUACCAGCCUAGAAAACAGUCUGUUGAUAUUACCUCACGGUUGGAAGCAUCCUUCAUUCCAAUUAUUAACUUUUUUAUCUCCUGCAUUUUCUGAAGAUAACACGUGGCGCCCGCCAAAAUCCGCCCUGCUCGCGAAGCUAAGACCAAAUGCCGAACAGGUUGUAGCUCCUUGCGAAUGGCCUGUUCAUGUGGAAGUGGAAGCGCGCAGGUUGAAAUGAAGUCGUCCCUUUGGGAGCGGUGUAGACGCACUGCUGUUGGGUGUGGACGAACCCGGCUCAGUUACCAAAACAAAGCAAUAGUUUCAGAAGACAAGGCUGGGUUUUUACACAUUUUCAUGUUUUUUUCAAAUCCCGUACAGGGUGGUGUUCCUUGUAUUUGCGGUCUGUUAAGUAGAGAUGUUUUUAACCUUGUCUUGCACUUCUCUUGGUUUUGUAUGACGCAGUUUUCCUUUGUGAUUCUAACAGUUAUUACAGGAUGCAUGUGAUGAUUUCGAAAUGACGUUGUACAUUUUUAUUUGUGACCAGUUGUGUCUUCAGAGAUGAGUAAUAUAAAAGCACACAUUUUUCUUAAAGACUCACAGAUCAGUAGCGCAGAGUUGUGGAUCUGUUUUUACCCUUUACAUAAAGAUUUUGGUCCCUUACAUGCAUAUUUGCUUUUUCCCGUGUCCGUUUCACCCAUGGUGAAAUCUCAUUGGUCCAAAUAUUCACAGUAGAUGAAACGUUGAAUAUGAUUGGCUGUUUUUUUGUUGCAGCGGUUCAUAUUUACUUUCAGUUUGAACAUUGAAAACUUUCACAUCACGCCUGGUUAAGAGACUGUACGUUUGUCUUAAAUGAGCUCUUUUUCAAAUGAAUUUAUUCAUUUCAAAUCUGUGCUGAAGUUUAUAAGGUCUUUUCAUUGCUUUCUGUGAUUUUGUGUAUUAUUGUACAGUAUUUCAUUCGAUCUCCUCUGCAAUAUUUCCCAUGAGCAGUUUGUUUAAACUCCUGCAGGUUUUGUAUUGCACAGAUACGUUCACCAUUCACACUGACCUGUUACUGGGAAUUGACUACGAUGUGUUUUUAUUCUUUAAUAAUGAAGGGAAAUGGUUGUGAGUUUUUGUUUGUAUAUUCGGUGGUUUUGGGCUCAAGAGAAACUGACAGGCAAGGUUCACACUGUUUACAAAUGCUGCAGUUUUAGUCUGUCGCAGUUACUGAACGUCUUCAAAUGGAUGGAAUCGCGACUUAAGUGCAAUUAGACCAAAUAUGAAAUGUUAGGAAAACCAUGUUUUAUUUCAAACAGCAUUCCAAAAGAGCCUGACAUUCCCAAUGUUCCUAUCGCAGAUCACAGGAGUUCCUUAUCUUAGUUUCUCGGUCUUUCUACUUGUCUGAUGUGACGUUUUUAUUUCCUCUGUGGGACGGAUUCUGUACAUUUCCAUCGUUGUGCAUUGGCAGGAUCGAGUUGAUUCUUAACUUUAGACUUUCACUAUCACUUCAAACUUUAAGAGAAGGUUCUUUUGGGUAAGAAAUAAUAUCUAUUUUAAUAAAUGUAGCAUUAGCGUUCGACUGGUUAGUUUUACUCCAAACUGCAUGGACCUCAAUGAUUCCAGACCUCUGACAUGAAGUUCUCUUCAGCCUGAUUGAUGGAAAAUGACAAAAUCUCAAUGCGUGUUCCAGCCAAAGCAGUAUUUGGUUUUGAUUUUCUUUGGUUUCAAUCCAUAUGGUCUUUGCAUUUAUAAAGAAUACAAUGAACACCAUCUGUUCCUUCUAAAGUGGUUUUGUGAGGUAACUCGUGGUAUUUUGUUCAGAGACAUCCCGUUCCUUCUAUAAAGAGCUCCCACUUUCAUGCUAGUUAUAGUUUGGUCUUAGAUCUAGUUCGCAUUCAUUCCAUUUUCUUCCUGAACAUUUCUGUGGCACUUUGGAGCUCUUUAUAGCCUUCACGUUGGGCCAAUCCUUGUUGUUCUGUUCACCGUGGACCAUGCUGUCCACUGACGUCCUAUGUAGUAUUUUACUCGUAGGCAGGAGAGCUGAAAUGUGAAAAUGUUAUACAAGUGAAAAGCAGUACAAAACCAUUGCCAUUCUUUAGCACAAGUAUUAGAUUUAAAAUAAGCAAUACUUGCCUCCAAAUAGCCGAAAGAUUUCAAGUGAGCUAUGCAGUAGAGACGCAGACAGACACCUAUGCGUGAUCGAUGCAAGAUGAAUUUGGUUUUACCAUUGCUCCUUAUUCAGUUUGUCUGCGGUCUGUUCACAAAACUCAAGUGAGUUUCAAGAAACCUCUAUAUCAUGAAUCAUUCUUUAUGUUCUUCAACAGGCUCGGUGACUUUUGUCAUCCGCGUAUUAUCUUGCAGCCAUGUCGCAUAUCUUGAAGCUUAUCGUUGCUUGUUUGGUGCUGUAUGUUGUUGUCAGAAACGGUGCACUUGUUUAUUCUUUUCAAAUGCGCACUGCCUUACCCAGCCGUCUUGGGUCAACCUUGAUCUUUGUGACAGAGGCGGGCUGAGUUUGUCCCGUGCACUGUAUACAGAUUAGUCAACGCUAUAUCUGUGCCUUCCCGACGUCUUAACUGCACCCUGUCUGUCUUAUUUAGCUAUUCUCUUCUGGGUGGUUCGAGCCUCCUGCCGCUUUGUUCAAUCGUUACGCUUUGCAUCCCGCGUCAUAUCUCACAUGCUUUAAUCUGUGUUUCCUACAGAUAGUUUACGUUCUCUGUAUGGAUGUGUGAAAAUUAAUCGGAUCAUGUCCUUACCUCACUUUAUGCAUGAAUCGCAGCGCCCCCUUUGGCAAAGGUGUUUUGCGUCCCAAUGAGGGUGCUUGCUUAUUUCGAAAAUUCUUCCGAAAGCACAUACGAGAAACCACAUCUGUUGACCAAAGUAAGAGCGUGUUGGAGCAACUUUAGUUUGGAUGACGGAGCAUCACAUUCGCGAACCCUCUUGUUUUUCCAAUGCGGCUUGUGGCGCAACAUCCAUUUAAAUUUUUAGCUCGAUUCGUCGAUUUAACCCAAACAACCUGUGUCGACUGAGUUCUUCUAUUGAGCUUCACCCAAUCACGUAUCAUAGACGUUUAUGCAACGCAACGUUCUGCACUUAUUUCCCCUCGCCUGUAGUGUUGCAGCAAAUGCUCUUGCUGUCACUUCAAAAUUCGAAAUCACGUUAAAACAAUCAAAACAAUUUGUAUGUUUGUACAGAUCUUUAACUUUUGUAUAGUAUUAGCUUGUCAGUAACGCCUUAAGAUGCGCAUCGUUCACGUUGAUAGAAUGAUGCUUGUGACUCCCCUUCCCUCUCCACAAGGUCUCCUUCAGUUGUGGUUGUUUUUUGGAAGACCGUCUACUCCUCUGUAAAGGUUUUAAUGUGGCUCGGGUUGCACUGACUGAUUGUAAGAUGAUGUUGUUUUGGACUAGCUCAUAAUGUGUAUCUCAUUGAACACAAUGUAAGCUUGAUAUAAAAUCUGUAAUGUAUUAUUUAUAUUUUGCUUUGGUCAGUGAAGAAAGCCUUGAUAAUAGUUGCUUUGCACUGUUGACACAUCCCUGAUUCCAACCCAGGGGAAAUUUCUCCUCACUUGCAUGGUACAUACAUCCAGAAAGAAGAUGUACUGUUUCUUUUUAGAGAAAGUGUAAGGUAUUGUAAUUGGGUAAAUCUCAAAAAGCUCUCAAGAAUCUGUCUGGGUCAUAUUUCAUCCCAAAGUAUAUCCAUUUAUAUAAAUAAAUAAAUUGGGCAAAAAUUUAAAUGUGUAUUUUGCAUAUGCAUAUUUUGCAUUCAUUAUUACAUUACAGUAAUGAGAAUUUAGAGCAUCGUAGAGAAUAAAACAAAAAAUUGGUACCAAAAUGGCAAAAAAUAACGUUUGGUUUUGGAGUGAAAAGUGAUCCAAACUUUCUUUGUGAGAUUCACCUACGGUUAUUUUUCUGAUUUCCUAUUAACACGGCAUUCCAUCUCUGUAGUUAUAGUUUGGGCAGAGAGUCCUGCUGAAUCCUGGGAAUGUUUCUAGAAAGUCUCCCCGUUCAUAGUGCACCUAAAAUGAGAAUUUCACUCUGAACAAACAUGUUUGUGAAGUGUGAUACUGGUCGAAAAUCGCAAGGGUUUAAGACAAGUGAUCGGUUUUUGAGUGAGUUACUUAGCAUCAUUGCUUCUGAUAUAUAUAUAUAUGUAUAUAUACACGUAGAAAAAGGCUUUAUACACUCAACGAAUGGUGUAUUGAUUUCUGUAUACGUGUAAAACCCAGAGAGAACGUGUGGCAUAGCAGGCCAGAGUUAGUCGCGCGGGCUGAAAUCAGGUUUUUAACGGUUUCAAUGUUUUGAUUAUAUAGAACCGAUUAUAUACACUCAAAUUUGACAUUGUACUUCUUGGCACUAAGUGACACUGCUUUUAAUGUGAUGUGUGACCAGUUUUAAAUGAGAUGGCAUCUUUCUCAAAUGCAUAAAAGUCUGCAAAAUAUAUGCAAUGAUGUAUGUGUAAUAUUCAAUCCUCAAGUAUAAUCCAGGUUGUAUAAACUUUGUAUAGUACGUUUUAAUAUCGUAUGGCCGUACCAAUAUGUAUUAAUUCUUCUCAAAAGCCUUAGAGUUGUCUACCCAAAGUGCUCCCUUAGACUACCCUACACCUACCUGAACUUUACAAAGCAUUAAUAACUAUAUUUUGUUGCGUUUUUAUUUGUACCCUUUUUUUGAAUAAAAUAGAUUUGUACUGUAUAUUUGUACCUCUCUGUGAACUACUUAGGGCUGUUUUGUUUUCCUGUUUUAAUUCUAUGUAAGGACACAAAGAUAUUGUAUUUUUAUCGUUACAGCUAACUUCUUGGAAACAUUGCAUUUAUCAUGUUUGUUAAGUAAACACAAUAUAAUAUAUAUUAUAUCUAUAUAAUAUUAACAUGCUGGCUUGACGUUGUCUGUGUUUUUCUUAAUGCAUUUCAUUCUGUCAGUAAAACACAUACACCAUGAUCAUCUGACCAUGA